AUGUCAUUCAGGAAACCAAAUAUUCCUGACAAGCUAAAAUGGGACCAGUUACUCCAAUCGUACAGGUGCGAAAUGUACAGGAGAACCGCUGCGACGGGGAGAGUAAAUUUGGCCAAAAUUCUCCCUACAGUAGACGCUAUUCAACAACAUCUAAAGAGGGUCUAUUUUCAAGUACAACAAUGGCUGCAUGGAGACCAGCUGACCAUGGACCCAACAAAAUGGGAGUGGAGAAUGGAAGGCGACACACUAGUGCCUGUACACAUGGAAGAAAUACCUGCGCCCAAGAAUAUUAUGGAACUAAUAUUCUGUGGAUGCAAAGGAGAUUGUAAUCUGAACACCUGUAGUUGCAGGAAGCACGGCCUACCUUGCAAUCUUGCCUGUAAAGUUUGUGAAGGUUUAACUUGCCUUAACAGUGAAAGAUAUUCAGAUGAAAACGUUAAUGUGCCAGAGACAAAGGCCUCAGAUGAGGGAGAUGUUCCCCGUAUGAAUACAUUAAUCGAUGACGAAGAAAAUGAUCAGACACAUUUGAGUUAUUAUUUAAUUAAGGAAUGA